UCCAACGACAUCACCAUGAACUUUUGCUCCACUCUCUUCGUAUUUGCCUUUGCCGCCACUAUCUUUCUCCAGUGUUUAAACCCCACCAGCGCCGCCACCACGUGUCAUCCUGAUGAUGAGGUGGGUCUUUUAGCUUUCAAAUCGGGUAUAACACGAGAUCCUUCAGGCAUUCUCAACUCAUGGAAGAAAGGUACAGCUUGCUGCACCUGGAACGGUAUCACUUGCCUUAACGGUGACCGUGUCACCAUUAUUUCAUUAGUCGGAUUUCCCAAGAAACCCGAACGCUCCCUCUCCGGCACUCUCUCGCCGUUGCUGGACAAACUCCAGCACCUCCAAGUGAUUAGCUUAGGAGGUCAUGGGAACAUCACCGGAUCUUUUCCUCAAUUCCUUCUCCAUUUACCAAAGCUAAGAUACGUUAACAUCGAGAACAACCGUUUCUCCGGUCCCCUUCCUUCCGACAUCAGCAUGCUAAGCCAGCUGGAAGAUUUGUCUCUUCAGGGGAAUAAGUUCACCGGUUUAAUCCCGAAUUCGAUAUCAAAUCUGUCUCGGUUAUAUGGUCUCUCUAUUGGCGGUAAUCUCCUAACCGGAACUAUACCCUUAGGGAUUGCUAAUCUAAAGCUACUGCAGAAUCUGAAUCUCUGCGGCAACCGCCUCUCUGGCACCAUACCAGAUAUUUUCGAAUCCAUGAGAGAGCUCAAAUUUCUCGAUCUCUCUGGCAACAGACUCUCCGGGAAACUUCCUCCGUCCAUUGCAUCGCUCGGACCGAAACUCCUGCUCCUUGAUCUGAGCAAAAAAAAUCUCUCUGGUACAAUUCCAGAAUAUAUAUCAUCACUCAACAAGCUCGAAAAGUUGAAUCUCUUCAAGAACCGGUUCUCUGGAGUCGUGCCAAAGGGUUUGGUCAAUCUGACCAAUAUAAACAAUCUUGAUCUCUCUCAUAAUCUUUUAAACGAUCCAUUUCCCGCCUUGAACUUUAACACCAUCGAGUUUCUUGAUCUUUCCUACAACCAGUUUCACCUUGAAACGAUUCCAGAGUGGGUUACCUCAUUACCGAGCAUCUUCUUGCUGAAGCUAGCAAAAUGCGGGAUCAAGAUGAGCAUAGAAAAUUGGGAGCCAGCGGCACCCUUAUACUACCAUUACAUUGAUCUGUCGAAAAACGAGAUCUCGGGUAGUCUAGAAAGGUUCCUUAACCAGACAGAGUAUCUACUCGAGUUUCGAGCAGCGGGAAACAAAAUUAGAUUUGAUAUGGGGAUGUUGACGUUCUCAAAGACGCUGAAAACCUUGGAUAUAUCAAGGAACUUGGUAUUCGGGAUGGUGCCAGCAAUGGUGGCCAGUCUGCAGAGACUGAACUUGAGCCAAAACCAUCUUUGCGGAAAGCUUCCGACAACAAAGUUCCCGGGUAGCGCGUUCGCAGGCAACGACUGUCUCUGCGGCUCUCCACUUUCUCCUUGUUUACUUUAGAGG